CUUCUCUCCCCGAGUACUGUGUGGACAGUUUGUCAGCUGCAGCUGGUUACUGCACUUCUCCAUGUUACAGACAGCACAGACACAAUGCGUUCUCUGCUGGAUUAGAGAAAGCCCACAGACAGCCUAAAAUUCCAAUAGGUAGGCUGUCAAACCCAAUCCAUUAGUACUGUAAAAAGUUCCUUGGAUUCAACAGUCCAAAAAAGAAAAAUGCAGUUGCCAUUAAAGUCAAAGAUGAACAAAUUUCUACAGAUUUUUUAAAGAUCAAGAAUAAGGACAGCAAGUUUCUGGAUUCAUUUUUCAACAGACACAAUAAGACGUCGUGGUAUAGCUCAUUUCAAAAUGAAGGCUUUUAUGUGGACCCUGGGUGUGCUACUCUUCCUACUAAUGGGCACUGGUAAGUGCAAAGGAGGACAGUUCAGAAUAAAAACAACCCAGAGGAGAUAUCCUCGUGCUACAGAUGGUAAAGAGGAAGCAAAGAAAUGUUCAUACACAUUCCUGGUUCCUGAACAAAAAAUAACAGGGCCAAUCUGUGUCAACACCAAAGGUCAAGAUGCAGGUACCAUUAAAGACAUGAUCACCAGGAUGGACCUUGAAAACUUGAAGGAUGUCCUCUCCAGGCAGAAGCGAGAGAUAGAUGUCCUACAGUUGGUGGUGGAUGUAGAUGGAAACAUUGUAAAUGAGGUGAAGCUGCUGAGAAAAGAAAGCCGUAAUAUGAACUCUCGUGUUACUCAACUCUAUAUGCAACUGCUGCAUGAGAUUAUCCGUAAGAGAGAUAAUUCACUUGAACUUUCCCAGCUGGAAAACAAAAUCCUCAAUGUCACCACAGAAAUGCUGAAGAUGGCAACAAGGUACAGGGAACUGGAGGUGAAAUAUGCUUCCUUGACUGAUCUUGUCAAUAACCAGUCUGUGAUGAUCACUUUGUUGGAAGAGCAGUGCUUGAGGAUAUUUUCCAGGCAAGACACCCACGUGUCUCCUCCUCUUGUCCAGGUGGUGCCACAACAUAUUCCUAACAGUCACCAGUACACUCCUGGUCUACUAGGAGGCAAUGAGAUUCAGAGGGAUCCAGGUUAUCCUAGAGACAUAAUGCCACCACCUGACCUGGCAACAGUUCCCACAAAGAGCCCUUUCAAGGUCCCACCAGUAACUUUCAUCAAUGAAGGACCAUUCAAAGACUGUCAGCAAGCAAAAGAAGCUGGGCAUUCAGUCAGUGGAAUUUACAUGAUUAAACCUGAAAACAGCAAUGGACCAAUGCAGUUAUGGUGUGAAAACAGUUUGGAUCCUGGGGGUUGGACUGUUAUUCAGAAAAGAACAGAUGGCUCUGUCAAUUUCUUCAGAAACUGGGACAAUUAUAAGAAAGGGUUUGGAAACAUUGAUGGAGAGUACUGGCUUGGACUGGAAAAUAUCUAUAUGCUUAGUAAUCAAGAUAAUUAUAAGCUGCUGAUUGAAUUAGAAGACUGGAGUGAUAAAAAGGUCUAUGCGGAAUAUAGUAGCUUUCGUCUAGAACCUGAAAGUGAAUUCUACAGACUGCGCUUAGGAACUUACCAGGGAAAUGCAGGGGAUUCUAUGAUGUGGCAUAAUGGUAAACAAUUUACCACACUGGACAGAGAUAAAGACAUGUAUUCAGGAAAUUGUGCCCACUUUCAUAAAGGAGGCUGGUGGUACAAUGCCUGUGCACAUUCUAACCUAAAUGGAGUAUGGUACAGAGGAGGUCAUUACAGAAGCAAGCACCAAGAUGGAAUUUUCUGGGCUGAGUACAGAGGCGGGUCCUACUCAUUGCGAGCAGUUCAGAUGAUGAUCAAGCCUAUUGACUGAAGUCAGUCAGUCUCGAAUUUACAUGACACAGAUUCUGCUUUUCAGUUCUCCCAAAUGUAAAUGUCACACAUUUGUUACUUUGCACAAUUUAUUUUUAGAUACAGUUUGCAAAACAAAUUUUACCAUAACUAUAAGAAGGGAUCUAUGAAUAUUGUCUCAUCUUCCUUUAAUAUACUAUAGAUUAUUUGUUUGCAUAUCUUUGUUACUUUAAAAAUUAUAUUGACUGAAUAUAGGUAAAUGUAAAUAUAUGCCACAACGUAAAACAAAUCUUAUUUUAAAUCAAAUCUGAAUACAUGCUCAAGAUACUUUAAGAUUUAUUUAAAAACUAUGAGACUGCUCUAACUUCCAAUGAAAAAAUAAUUUUAAGACUUCAGGCAAAUAAUUCAUUUUAUUUAUGAAAGUACAGACAGGAAAUUAGAGAAAAUCUCUAGUUUUGCCCUUGAAAAUAAUUUUUCCACUGAAUAAAAAUUUAAAUAAAAUUUCACAUU